AUGAUCCGGGCCUUCUCGUUCCCCGUGAGCCCGGAGCGGGGUCGGCUGCGGGGCUGGCUGGAGGGCAGCCUGGCCGGCCUCUGCGAGCUGCACUGGCUGCGAGAGCGCCAGGAGUUCCGCGUGCGCCAGGCGCUCCGGCUUGGCCAGCCGCUGGCCAAAGGCGCGGGGCCCGGCGGGGCGGCAGACGACGGCCGGGACCAGGAGGACGAGGCUCUGGGCGACGACGAUGGCGAGGAGGACGACGACGAGGCGGCGGCGCGCCGGGCCGCGGCCGCCCUGGAGGAGCAGCUGGAGGCCUUGCCUGGGUUGAUGUGGGAACUGGGUCAACAUCUGGGAGAGCUGAGCUUGGAUGCUGAAGGCCUGGAGGAAGAUGUGGGGCUGAGCUCAGGUUUCUAUGAAGGCCCUUCCCCUACUGGUCCAGACUCCCCUCCUUCAACAUUUGGAGGUGACAGUGGUUUCUCUGGCUCUGGUUCCUACAGCCGUCUAGGCCCCUCUGAGCCCCGGGGAGUAUUUGCCAGCAAGAGGCCCAAGUCUCUGGGAGAAGCGGGCCCCAGCUCCCACGAGGCCUCCUUGGGAGGCCAGGCAGGGGUGCCUCGCUCCUUCUCGGCUCCCUAUCCGACAGCUGCCCAGGAGGCCGGGCCCGGGGGUGUGACCUCCUUCCUGUCGCCCAGCCCGCUCCAUGCGGUGGCUCUGCAGAGCCCCCGCCUGCGCAGCCGCCUCUAUACGGACUCAUCCAUCGCUGGGUCCCCGGACGGCGCUGCCCCGGGCCGCCACCUGGAGAGCUACAUCUCAGGCCUUCUGCGGCGCCGGCGGCGACUCCGUGGGCGUCCAGGGCCGGGCCAGCCCCGCACCAGUCCCGGCCCCGGGCCAGGUGAGCAGUCGGCAGCCCUCCGAAGGCAGAACAGCGCGCGGCAGCGGUCCGAGGAGUCGACGCACCCCGGCGUGGGAGGCUCUCCCGGACCAGGGGGCUGGCCGCCCUGGGACUCCAGCCCGCCCCCAGCCGAGCCUGCGCCUCCGGUAGGCUCCUCACCCCCCAGCCCGGGAGAGGGCCGGCUGGUGAAGGCCCAGUACAUCCCCGCAGCACACGGAGGAAUCCGCGGGCCUCCAGUGGCCCGCUCUGCCCGCCGCAAGGGUCCGCCACCUCCCCCGCUCACUCGGGGCCGCAGCGUGGAGCUGUCGCCUCCGAGGGAGCGGCCUCGGCCGGGCGGCACCAGGAAAGGCCGGUUCCCGGACGGGGCGGCCCGCCGGGGCUCCCCGCGAGGCAAGAAGGCAGCUCGCUCGCAGUCAGAAAACAGCCUUCUGAACAGGCCAGGCGCUGGCCCGGGCGAACCCAAGUACCAUACGGUGGAGAGGGAGGAGCCGCGGCCGGCCCGGCCCCGUCGGACCCCGGCGGGCGCGGCCCCCGCCUCCUCUCGCCGCUGGCGCUCCACAGCCGAGAUCAGCGGCGAGGAGGCCGAGGGCGGGCGGCGGGUCAAGGCCGCUCCUCGAGGGAGCGGGGGCCGGGCCGUCGGAGGGGUCCCGGGGCCCUCACCUGCCCCUCCGCGCCGCCUUCUCUACGGCUGCGCGGGCAGCGACUCCGAGUGUUCGGCGGGCCGCGGCGGGGCCGUCGGACGCCGGGGUCCCUCCCUGGGAGGCAGCGGCAGCGGCUACGGGCCUGUCUACGGCGAGAGCGAGUCCAGCGCCAGCGACGGCGAGUCCCUGGCCUUCAGCUCAGCCUCCAGCGACUCGGAAGGCAGCGGCGGCGGCCUGGUGUGGCCCCAACAGUUGGCGGCCGCGUCAGCGGCGGCUGGGCCGGGUGGAGGCCCCGGGGGAGCCCAGGGCAAGGUCUUCGUCAAGAUCAAGGCCUCCCACGCGCUCAAGAAGAAGAUCUUACGGUUCCGCUCCGGCUCGCUGAAGGUCAUGACCACGGUGUGAGCUCGUCGGGAGCAGCGCCGAGGCUACUUGCCCAGCCCUGCUUUGGCUGGCUAGACUGGGAGCCAAGAACGCCAGGGUUCGCCCGCUGAUUCGAAGUGUGGACUUGGGCGAAUUCGGGGCCUCAGUUUCCCUGGCUAUAGAAUGGACUCAGUGAAGCAGGCAGUGUGGUGUAAAGAAAUUUGGAAUGAAGAGAUCUGGGUUCAAAUCCUGCCUCUGCCACUCACUAAUUGAGUGACCUUGAGCAAGUCCCUUCGGCUCUUGAGGCCUUAGUGGCCUCUUCUGUAAUGUGAGGCGUUUGGACACCCGAUUUCUAAGGUCCCUGCCAGCUCUGACAUUCUGUGAACCUACGAGCCUCUAAGGAGCCCCUGCCCUGUACUGAAGGGCUCUCUACUUUCCUAUCCCUUUCUGGCCAAGGAAAUACUUUAAGUUUGGGCCUCUCCUCCAAGUUCCUUCUUUAUCGGGUGUUCUUCUCCUUUUCCCAUCUUCAUUGGCCCAUUUACAAUCCUGACAUUCAGUUGCUGGGCCAUGUUUCCAUUCACUCUCCAAACCCUACCCUAUCUGUCACCGAGAUGACAGAAAUGGCCAGUAGAUGACGAGGGAAUACUCUCCUAACCUCUGAUGGGGUACACUGUGGACUGCUCAUGGGUCCCGGGAGAGUCCAGUAGGGCUAAGCCUCCCUGGGAUCUUUUCUGAUGGCUCUGUUUAUAAUCUAAUUUGGGGGCUCAAAAGUAGUUGAGGGCCUGAGCUCCCUGUUGCUUCCUAGCCCUUUCUUGGUGACCUUGAGUGAGAAAAUGGAGUGGGGGUGGGAAGGAACAAGUAGAUUUUCAGGGAUAGAGGAAGAGGGAGGAGGCCAGAGGGGCACCAAUUCCUAAUUAGUUUUGUUUUUUAAGUUGCUGUAUUUAUUAUCCUGACGGCGACUCCCCAGACGAGUGAGUGUGUGAGGGCUGAGGAUGGCGAUCCUGCCCCCUACCCACCCUUGCCCCACGGGAGCCAGACCCUUUUUGUUUCUAUAUUCUCUUUGUAAAUAAAUUCACAGUGUUAUUCCGGAGGUGGUUUCCUCUGGCCCUGGUCCUGACAUGGUGGCCAUGCAGAGAUGGCAGCCUUGGCUUACUCUCUUCCAAUCUAAUCCAAUAAGCAUUUUUUUUUGAAAUGCGUUUUCUAUAGCUCAAUGGAUAGAGAGCCAGUCUCGGAGUCAAAAGGACUUAGAUUCGAAUUUCAUUUCCGACUCAUACAAGCUGUGUGACCCUGGACAAGUGACUUCACUUCUCAAUGCUUUAGGCAACUCUUGAAGACUGUAGGCCGCAGAAUUGUGGUUGAAUUGGUGUAGGAAUCAUCCUAUGCCCUUUCAGACCAGAAUCUCCUUGGCCACCUCUAGUUAUAGUGCAUUCUUUCGAGGUCCUGGGGUGCUGAGAAGUUCAGUCUAUCCCAGGCUCACAUGGAUAUGCUGUGCUGGAGGUGGUCAUUGAAGCCAGGUGGUCCUUACUUCUGGCCACCCCCUUAGCCUUGCUGCCUCAUGCCCUGAGGUUACAAAGACAAAAUGAACAAUCCCUGCCCUCAAGGGGAUCCCAUUCUACUGGGGAGGGGAGGGGAGCAAAACAUGAAAGCAGAUAGGUAGAAACAUGACAGUUUGAGGAAGAGGAAUCAGUUACAUCGAUAACUAAAAACACCAAGAAGGGCUUCCAACCUUCCUGUAAGAGAAGCACCAGUGUGCCAAUAGGGAGCAAUAGGAGGUCUUGAGCAAGGGAGUCAUCUGGCCAGACUUGUACCUUGAAGGAAGCUAGGGAUCCCAGGAGGUUGAUGUCAGGAGAGAGAGCAUUCACUUGGAGUCAACUGUCCCUUAUUAAGUGCCUAUCAAGUGCCCUGCACUGGCCUAGCAGUUGGGGACCCAGAGAUAGGAAACUUAGGUUGGAUUGGGCAGAAAUUCCCAGGCAGAGUACCCAGACAAGUAAAUCCGAAGGAAGGGUAGGGACUGAGAUCUCAUCGACAUAGGUAACUCUCAGGUGAGGACAUUCCCUCCAUUCUUGCAGGUCUACGCCUUCUCUGCAAAUUCUAGUUUUAGAGAGUUGCCUAGGUCAUAGAGUACUGAAAUGACUCCAGGAUGACUCAGCCAAGAAAGUAUCAAAGGUAGGACUUGAACCUGGGUCUUCCUGGCUAGGAGACCAGCUUUCUAUUCACUCUGCCUGUCUGGAUGCCUCUCAUACAAUACAAAGUAAUUUGGGUGGGGAGCAUGAAUAAUUGGGGGAAUCGGGAAAGGCCUUUUGUGGGGGUACUUGAAAUAAGCCUCAUUUUCUCUGUCUCUAAAAAAAGGGACGAGAUGGGUCUCUCAGGAUGCUUCCCAAGCCUGACAUUUGAUCAUUCUGUAUGUCUCUGGUGUCCCCACUGUUCCUUUCAGCUUCAAGGCUUGUGGUCCUGCCAUCCACCUCACCCUAUGACCACUUAAUGAGGGCACCAUGUGCCCUAUGUGGGCAGGGAGAUACUCGCUAAACUUAGAUGGGCACAGUAGCUGCCUUCACCAAUCGGUCAAUCCGCAAACAUUUACUGAUCUCCUCUGAUGUUCCAAGGCACUGUGAUAGACAUUAGGAGACCAAGAAGCCGUUCCCAGUGCCUACUAUGCUCUCCUUUGUCACCCCUAUCUCCCAGAAGCCCUAAUUUCCUUUAAGACUCUACUGGAGGUCUUUCCUAAUUUUCUCCUCCCCCCACCCCCAGCUGCUAGUGGCCCUAUCCCAUGGCCAUGUAAAUAGUUGGUAAAUAUCUUGUAUAUAUUUAUUUAUGUACACAUUGUCUCACCUGAAAGAAUGGAAGCUCCUUGAGGGC